GGAGGAACAUCGCCAGUCAACAACCCGCAAAACAACUAAAACGAUGGCAGCAGUCGCCGGUGUUGUGGCUGUCGUGCACUCCUCCGCUCGUGGCAAACCGCCCUCUCGCCCCAAACGCCCACAAGAGGAAGACGCGGACGAAAAAGUGCUGCGUCGACGUCAACAGUACAAAUUCCACCAGCGUCGCCACCGAGCCAAGCAAAAAGAGAAAAUGGUCACGCUCACCCACGACAUGCAGCACCUCCUGGCCGAGAUCGAACAGCUCAACCACAAGCGGCAAAAGUUGCUUGUGAAAAGCAACUGCUUCAGCUCCCGAGGCACCGACACGGGAGUGCCUGCUCGCCUUACUAUGGAAUAUUUCCGGCUCUUUGAGUACGGCAUCUCGCCACACAAGUUGCCGCAACAGGAGCAGUUCCUUCGCUCCAUUAUGACCGCAGACACGGUCGGCCCGGACUACGCCGGCGUUGAAACUGUCAUCAUGCUCUGGAAGCGCUUCAGCGACUUCUUCGUCUAUAGCCGGUACGAGCCCCUCUCCAUGAAUGUGUCCACCUUGGCGGACUCUACGGUCGUCGUCAUGGACACAAACUUCCACAUCAGCUGCCGUAAAGACGGUGUGCUGGCACUCUAUCCGUCACUGCGUCAUAACAUGGAUCUGUUACAAAAAGUCAUUGGCGCUAUGUUGGUGGUACCAGUCCAGUACCGCUUCGAGUUCGACGCCAAUGGACUUGUGACGUGGUUUAGCGCCGACUGGGACCUCAUUGGCGCCCUGAACGCCAUCGUCUCGCUCGUGGACGCCGCGUGCAUCCUCAGUGACGCCAACAUCUCGAAAACUGGCCAGAUACGCACCACCGUCGAGGACAUUCCACAGAGUUGCGACGUCCAGAGCGACGCUGGUUCCCCCGUCCAACAGCCAGACGUAGACCCUCGUCAUAGUGUUGACUUCUUGCUCUCGUAA